AUGGAUGUGAUUUUUGAGCCACCAAGAGGAAGGCCAUUUUCCAUUGAAGUGGGUUACUUUGACACUGUCCUAGAAAUCAAAGAAAAGAUACAAAAAUACCAAGCCAUACCCAUAUCAAACCAAACACUCAUCUUCAAUGGCAAUGUCCUCCAAGACAACCGCGAUGUCGAGCACUGCGACAUUCUCCAAAGCUCACAUAUUCAACUCAUUAUUUCUCCCGAAUUCGACAAAGCCGCGGUUGAGAUUGAGAGCUUAUCACUGCUCAAGAAUUCGAAAGUGCAGCUCAACAUCAAGACCCCAACGUCCAAAUUUCACGCCCCUCUAGAAAUGGACAUAAACAACACCAUUGGACAGUUAAAGGAAAAGACACAAAAAAUGGAAGAUCUACCUAUUAAUCGGUUGAUGAUUCACUCGAGCGGUACUGAAUUACAAGACCAUAGGUCGUUACGCGAUUAUGACCUUUCCGACAAUUCGAAUCUUGACGUCAGUUUCAAAGGGUCACCGACGAAUUCCACAGCAGCACGGCCGGGUCCGACUAUGGCAGGAUCCAAGAAGUUAAAGCUAAUGGUGUUGGCGAAAUGCGGGACGAAGAAGAUUCCGAUUGAAGUGAAUGCAUCGGAUAAUGUUGGGGAGCUGAGGAAGGAGCUACAGAAGUUGCAGCAAAGGCUACAUUUCCAUCUUCCGCAUGAGGGUUAUUUUUUCAUUUACGAACAGAAUGUGAUGGAUGACGACCGGUCGUUUCGGUGGCACCAUGUUGGACAAGGUGAUACCAUAGAAAUCUUCAAUGGGAGUGUAACCGGCGGUUCAUGA